UGAACCCUAAAACUAAACAAAUAUGUCGUCCCAGUAGCUGUAUGUUAUCAAUUUUGAGUGAACUGUGAGCUGCUGCCUGAGGCGUUGUAGUGAUAAGAACAGAUGUACUGACGUCGGUGUCUGGUGCAGACUGUACUCAAACAGUGACAACGGGUGAGACAGAGCCCAGGCUGAAUAAGCUCCUCAAAGUAAAAUGACUGCACUAAUUUUAGUUCAACCACCUUUCAAACCCAGACUUAGUAUUAGAGUAAACGAUAAUAGACCGGAACUCCUCUGAGUUAGCUGAAAGCCAUGGUGCACUGAUGACUGCUCACUAACAGAAAACUGUGCAAACAACACAAAGGUCAACAUGAAGAGUAAACAAGAUACCUGAGACUUGUGCUAUGAAAGGUGUGUCAGAAUUAACUUGAACUAUGCAUGGGAUCAAGACCACACCUACGCCUGUGUAGUGAGAGGGAGGGCAGAUCAAGAGGUAGACCAUAAUUCAAACGGCUCUGUGAAUACAUGCUUUUACAUGCCUUAAACUGCCUCCACAUACCACCCACUGUAUUUCUCAUUCAAAUUAUGAGGAAACACAUGAGAAAGAGCCUCAACAAAAGAGCAAAAAGGGUAAGGCCAACCAAGUCAGACUGAGCAGGUGACAGAAAAUUCUCCAAGGGACUAUGAAUCCAGAUUCCAAAACUGAAGUCUCAGAGCUGGAUUCCUCCUGGGCGACACCCGGAUGUCGGUCCAGAGAUGACCCGAGAAACCAGGAGAGCUCUGACCAUCAGAUGCAGGACCUAGAGCUGGAUCCGCUGCAGGUGUGGGUCCCAAGUGGGCGACGUCUGCUCUCUGGGCUGCUGGGCCUCAACGUGGUGCUGCUGGGCGCUGCGCUGGUGGCUGGCCAGGCUUUUAACCCUGUGGGCCUGAAGCACCAGGAGCCCCAGAUCUUUCUGCUGCUGCUGAUGGGCUGCAGCAUGGCCUGGAUGAUGUGGUACCUUCUGUGGGCCAGGAAACAGCCAGGGAUUUCCCCGCAUAAGGACCACCAUGCUGGAGGAAUCACCGUCACAGUGGUCCUCAUGCUUUUUGCAACAUUCAGUCUGCUGCUGUAUAUCUUCAAGAGCGGUUACUUCAUCACUAUGAGGGAGUGUAAGCCUGCUGCUAAAGUUUUCUCCCCAUUCAUCGAGGCGCCCUUUCUAGGGCUACAGACAUAUUUACUGUGGGCUCAUUCCAAAGACUGCAUUCACCGGCACAAGAUAAUCACCAGGUCUGGGCUCAUGGUGACCCUCUCUGCAGACCUGCUGCUGUGGCUGAACGCAGUGACAGAGGACACCAUCCAUCAAGAAAUCGAAUUAGAGAAGGAAGAAAGGAUGGAUUUAAGCAACUCAAAUUUUUCUGAAAGUGAUGAGAAUUCAAAUUCAGCAGGAGGAAUCAGCAACUCAACCUUAUGUCAGUGCACAUCAAGUGCAGCCUGCCUCAUCUUCAGGAAAGGCUACGAGGUUCUUUAUCCCUUCAACAUCGAGUACUACCUGAUGGCAGGCUGCAUGCUGUAUGUGAUGUGGAAGAACGUGGGCCGCAGGAUGAGUCCCAGCACCCAUCAACACGUCACUCAAAAGCUGACCCUACGCAUUGUUCACCAAGGUGGGAUCCUGUUCGGCCCUCUGCUUGGCGGCUUGGUCCUCACAGCAGGAGUGACUGUCUUCGUCCUCUAUCAGGUCUGGGUGAGUCAGCAGCAGCGUCGCCUCACCGCCUUCCUCAUAUUUUAUGGAUUCCAUUUAGCCGUUAUGCCCAUCAUGUCUCUCUGCUGCCUGGCUGGCAUGCUGGUCCACAAGCUGGAGAGGAGAGCAGAGGAGCGGGGACACAACCCCACCCGGAGCCUGGAUGUGAUCCUCCUGGUGGGGGCCGCCCUGGGCCAGCUAGCCCUGUCCUACUUCUCCCUGGUGGCGGCCCUGUCUGUGGGGACUAGUGGGCCCUUGGGCGGCCUCGACCUCUCCUACUCCCUCCUCAGCUUGCUGGAAUUAAUGCUCCAGAACAUCUUCAUUAUCGAGGGCCUCCACAGGCAUCCAAGUCUUCUCAAGAUGAAACAAAGGCAGAGGAGCAGCAUAUUCAAGCCCAAGAAAAACAUUGCAGUCCCCGCACAUGAGGAGGGAAAGACAGACAUCUCACUGCUGGAGAAAAAUGUGUCAGCGCCACCUGUUGUUCAAGAAGGCAACGAGAAAAAGUCCUGGACCAAGAGAGCAAUACAAGAAAUCUGCGCUUUCCUCAUCCUUUCGAAUGUCAUGCUGUGGAUCAUCCCUGCGUUCGGGGCUCAUCCUCAGUUUGAGAACGGCUUAGGGAAACAGUUCUUCGGCUUCAGCACGUGGUUCGUCCUGGUCAACCUGGGCCAGCCUCUUGGAGUCUUCUACAGGAUGCACUCUGUGGGAGCCCUGAUGGAGCUGCUGAUCUCUGCCUAAAGAGUUUAGCACUUCAACUGACUGUGAAACUGAAACACUUGUUUAUACAAUCUGAUCUCAUGGAGGUCUGAAGUGCCAAGUCUGACAAAAUGUUCA